CAACAAAUACCGUAUACUGCCACCGCCCUCCGUUGUCUGGCCUGGUCUUCUAUCUUUCUCUCCUCCACCUCCAAAUCAUCAUUCCAUCGCCUUUUUUUUCAUCGCUUCCCAUCGGAAAUACCUACUCCAUCUUCCUCAUUUCUCUAGAGCUAUUGCUGCGUGCACUAGCUGAUUUACUGCACUAAAUCUACUACACCGUUGCGCCUUUGAACACUAUGGCCGAGAUCCGUCGCAAGCUCGUCAUCGUCGGCGAUGGUGCCUGCGGUAAGACCUGUCUGCUCAUUGUUUUCUCCAAGGGUACCUUCCCCGAGGUCUACGUCCCCACAGUCUUCGAGAACUACGUCGCCGAUGUCGAGGUUGAUAACAAGCACGUCGAGCUCGCUCUUUGGGAUACUGCUGGCCAGGAAGAUUACGACCGUCUCCGUCCCCUCUCAUACCCCGACUCACAUGUUAUCCUGAUCUGUUUCGCCGUGGACUCGCCCGAUUCGCUCGACAACGUCCAGGAGAAGUGGAUCUCUGAGGUUCUGCACUUCUGCCAGGGUCUUCCUAUUAUCCUCGUCGGCUGCAAGAAGGAUCUUCGCGACGACCGCAAGACUAUUGAUGAACUUGCCAAGACCUCCCAGCGCCCCGUCUCCCAGGAGCAGGGUGAGGAAGUCCGCAAGAAGAUCGGCGCCUACAAGUACCUCGAGUGCUCGGCCCGCACCAACGAGGGUGUGCGUGAAGUCUUCGAGGCUGCCACCCGUGCUGCUCUGCUGAAGGCCGUCAAGGGCAAGGGAGGCCGCAAGAAGUCCGUUUGCCAGAUUCUCUAA